AUGUACAUCUGCGAGUGGAUGCAUCAAGCCGACUGGAUACCGUGCGAACGGGAAUGGUGUUCCGGCAAGGACGAAGGUUUCUCGAUGCCGACUGUGGUACAAGUGAGCAUUUCCCGCCUUAGCAGUAUAACAAUUGAGAAAGAGCUUUCAAUGACGUAUCGUGGUCCAUGUUUCGAUCUAGCUGUCAUUUCACCAACAAUAUUUGCGGUCAGAAUGGGGAAUGUUAAGACUCUCCUGUGGUCGAAACCCGCUGGUGAAAUUAAAGACCCUCCAUACAUCCCUCAUCUCCUAGCUGAAGGUUAUCUUAGCCCAAGAACGCAGUAUAUCCAAAAAGAUUCAGUGUUGACCAUUGAGUUAACCCUUAUGAGAGAUGUCGAGAUUCAGUUUGUAGAAACAAAUCCGAAGCAAUAG